AUUUUAUUUCCUGUUUAGAAAGUUUUGAAACUUUUCAUGAUAGAGUUGAUUUUGUGACAAUCUGAGGUUUCUAGAGUCCAUAUACAAUACAUAGAUUAUUUAUUAAAAUGGGACAGAUAGAAUGGGCCAUGUGGGCCAAUGAACAGGCCAUUGCAAGUAGCUUUAUUGUGUUCGUUGGAGGAAUAACAGCUAUUGCAGGACAAUUCAGUAACUGGGGAUUCGGUGUGUACGCUGUUUUGGCUGGUCUUCUGAUACUGCUAUUGGAGUACCCUAGAGGCAAAAGAGUCAAAGGAAACACAAUGGAACGAAAAUAUCAGAUCUAUCUGACCAAACUGGUAGACAAACUUGGACCUGUUAGUAGCAACUACUUUGUAAGAUUCGUGAUACACCUACUACUGUGUGUACCAUGCUGCUUUAUAUUGCCCACUGUUCUCGGAGGAAUGUGUCUCAUCAUUACCAGCGCCAUCUAUUUUGUUGCUGCUUUAAAAGGUGAACAAUGGAAGCCUGUUGGCUUAAAAAGCAAUAAGGAAGUUGCGGUUCCAACAGUAGCCACGUCACAGCCUCCCUCUCAGCCACCUCCUAGAGCGCCCCCUGGUGCUGAACCUACCACUGUCUCGGGUCGACCUCCACUGCCAGCGACACCAAGCAACCAGAUCUAGUCACUUAAAUGAUAUCAUUUUGUCAUAACAAAACUACAAUCUCAUCUUACUAUGCCUCAAAGAACAGUUUACUCCUUGACUUCUCAUUGCAUAUCAUGUUAACAAAAGCCUAUUUAUGUGUGGAUUUGGACUUUUUAUGAGAUCAUCAGAAGAGGUAACAUGCUGUU